GAAGCGGCAGCCCCAGAAAGACACCCCACCUCUCUCUCCUCUCCCUCUCCGGCGAAUCGAAGCAGGGCGGCGGCGGCGGCAGCCAUGGAAGCGAUGCUGGCGGAGUGCGUGCAGAGCAGCCUGCGGCACUUCAUGCACCGGAACGCCAUCUUCAUGUGCGAGCGCCUCUGCGCCCAGUUCCCUUCCGAGGUGAAUCUGCAGCUAUUAGCUGGCUGUUAUCUGCACAAUAAUCAAGCUUACUCUGCUUACCAUAUUCUAAAGGGGACACAAAUGCCUCAGUCGCGCUACUUGUUUGCAAUAUCGUGCUUUCAGAUGGAUUUACUUAAAGAGGCUGAGGCAGCGUUAUGCAAUGCCAAUGAGCCCGGGGCAGAGGUUCCAAAUGGUGCUGCUGGUCACUACCUUCUUGGGCUUAUCUACAGAUAUACUGAUAGAAAGAGAGGUGCCAUCCAUCACUUCAAGCAAGCUUUGUCAAUAGAUCCUUUACUCUGGUCUGCAUAUGAGGAACUCUGUGCCUUAGGUUCUGCUGAAGAAGCGGCUGCAGUUUUUGGUGAGGCGGCUGCUAUUUGUGUUCAUAAGCAGUACUUGCACAAUGGGUUUGCCCCUUCAAACGCACAUAUGUCUUGUGAGGAUCAAAACUUGAAUUCUACCAGGUGCUCAACUGAUGAUGUUAGCCCUAAGCAACAGAAACAAAUGCCGGGCAAUAAUACAAGAGAUCUUGCCGGAAGCUACCAUGGAAGUAUUGCAUCUUCCCAAGUUGCUAGUCAGCCUCUAAAUGGUGGAUCUGCUCAGCUAUCUCUUUAUAAUACUCCUUCCCCACUAGCUACCCAGUUGUCAGGUGCUGCACCUCCUCUACCAUGUAGAAAUUUGCUGCCGAAUGGACCAAAUUUGAGUGCAUUUGGUGCUGAUGGCUCCCAACGGUCAACCGUAAACUCAACAAUUCAAGCACCUCGAAGAAAGUUUGUAGAUGAAGGAAAAUUGCGAAAGAUUUCAGGAAGAUUGUUUUCUGAUUCUGGUCCUCGACGAAGUACAAGACUCGCUGGAGAUGCUGGGGCAAAUGCAAGUACAAAUGCAACAUCAGUUGCUGGAAAUGGCACUAGCAACUCCUCUAAGUAUCUUGGAAGUUCAAAACUGAGUUCUGUGGCACUCCGUGCUGUGACUGUACGAAAGGGACAGUCCUGGGCCAAUGAGAAUUCUGAUGAAGGAGUACGGAAUGAGGUUUCUGAUGAUUCUCGUUCCAGUUCUACAUUGGGGAAUUGUUCUUGUCCUUCAGGUGACAAUAGAUCUCUUGAUCAAGAGGGAGCAAGUGUGCCUUUUGCUGGGUCUGUACUGACUAGUACAAGGGUGUUAACGGGCACGGCAGAAGUAUUAGGUCUUCUAAGAUUAUUUGGGGAAGCCUAUAGGCUUUCUUGCUUGAACAGAUGUCAGGAUGCACUAGAUGUUUACUCGAGACUUCCACACAAGCAUUACAAUACAGGCUGGGUGCUUUCACAGGUUGGCAAAGCAUAUUUUGAGUUGGUUGAUUAUAUGGAAGCGGAUCAGGCCUUCAACCUAGCUCGGAGGACUACACCUUACAGUUUAGAAGGAAUGGAUAUUUACUCAACUGUUCUAUAUCAUUUAAAGGAAGAUAUGAAGUUAAGUUACCUAGCUCAAGAGCUAAUUGCGACAGACCGUCUAGCUCCUCAAUCUUGGUGUGCCAUGGGUAAUUGCUAUAGCUUGCAGAAGGAUCAUGAAACUGCUCUGAAGAAUUUCCAGCGGGCAGUGCAACUGGAUUCAAAAUUUGCCUAUGCCCACACUCUGUGUGGUCAUGAAUUCGUUUCUUUGGAGGAUUUUGAGCAUGGAAUCAAAAGUUAUCAGACUGCCCUCAGGAUCGAUGCAAGACACUAUAAUGCGUGGUAUGGGCUUGGAAUGGUUUAUCUUCGCCAAGAGAAGUUUGAGUUCUCAGAGCAUCACUUCCGCAUGGCUUUCAAGAUAAAUCCAUGUUCUUCAGUUAUAAUGUCAUAUCUUGGAACAGCUUUGCAUGCCUUGAAGAGAAGUGAGGAAGCUUUGAUGAUCAUGGAGAAAGCUAUUUUAGCUGAUAGAAAGAACCCUCUUCCUGUGUAUCAGAAGGCUAAUAUACUUAUGAGCCUGGAAAAGCUUGACAAAGCAUUAGAAGUCUUAGAGGAGCUGAAAGAAUAUGCCCCUCGAGAAAGCAGCAUUUAUGCUCUGAUGGGCAAGAUUUACAAGUCGCAAAACAUGCAUUCUCAGGCGAUGCUUCAUUUUGGCCUUGCUCUGGAUUUGAAACCAUCAGCAACUGAUGUUGCAACCAUUAAGGCUGCAAUUGAAAAGUUGCAUGUUCCAGAUGAAAUAGAAGACAGCUUGUAAUUUUAAGAAAAAACUGGAGAGUUGAGAAGAGAGCACUUUAUACAUUAUCCGGCUCUGAUUACUCGGCCUUGAACGUGGCCUCUGCUUGUGCUUUCGAGGGAUGGCAAACAUAAAAGGUUGAUCCUCGACCCAUUCAGAGACGAGUGCCCCUUUGGUAGGCAGGUUCUUCGACCUCUUUUUGUAGAUUACCGGGCACUGAUGGGAUUGAGCGACAAAACAAAAGGAAGGCCAAGUUACAUGUAUGUUCACUGACCAUGUUAAAAUGUAACAGACACUACAUUCAUCUUCUUCCAACAUUUGUUUUUAGUUUAGCCAAUUUUACCUCUCAGUUAAGGACCCAAUCCCUUGUAUGAAGCUCCCAUUAAUGCUUCAAUUCAUUGAGCUUCUUUUGGGUAAGCAUUCACAGAUUA